AUGGUUUGGGAAAGGUUAUUGAGGAUAAGUAUUUUGAGAUCAACACCUUGGCUGGUUGUUGGCGAUUUUAAUGAGCUAACAGGGAAUCAUGAAAAACGAGGGGGUAAAGUUAGACACGCGGCAUCUUUCCGUUCAUUUAACGGGAUGAUCCAGGACUGCGGUCUCUUGGAAUUUCCUUAUCUUGGUGAUUACUUGUCAUGGCGGGGCUGGCGUGAUAAGAAACCAAUUCGGUGUAGGUUGGAUCGGGCCUUAGGUACGGAGGAUUGGCAUGAUCAGUUUCCGGAUACGGUAACAGAAUAUUUGCCUAUGAUCGCUUCAGAUCAUAAACCUCUGGUGGUUAGUAUUGGGGUUAAACGGCUGUGUGGUCGUCGGUGCUUUAUGUUCGAUAGGCGUUGGAUUGGUAAACCGGGUUUGAUGGGAGCUAUUUCCGAGGGUUGGGGAGCUGAUGGCGAUCAGGAUACUCCUACUUUGGUGGCCAAAAUAGGAAAUUGUAGACGAGCAAUCUCUCAGUGGAGGAAGGCACAUGUUCCUUUUGGGAGGGAGACGAUAGAGGAUCUUAAACGACAGUUGGAGGUGGCCCAGGCGGAUGAUGCGGUGGGUCCGGAAGUGCUUUCGGAAUUAACUUCCCGAUUGCGCGAGGCUUACAGGGAGGAAGAGAUUUAUUAG